GUUAUGGCCUCGUGUUUGCUGUUUGCCAUUGGUCUUGGACUGUGCUCGCUGUACAACCUGUUCUUCGGUCUGUUCACUCGCAUCGGAAGUACCAACGUAGCGUUUCUGGGCUUGCAGGCUGUCUUGCUGACGUUGACCGUGUUCCUCUUCGCGGAGAACUACGGGUUUGUGUGUCCGGACGACACACACAUCGGUCCUUCGUACAUAGUGGCGAUGUGCACCAUUCUCCUUUCACUGGUCACGCUGUUCUGCUGUAGGUGGAUCAAUGCCAGACAGCUCUAUCAGUACACUCGGCUGGACUAA